UAUGGUGGUCGCCAUAUUGAAAUCGCUCAAAUUUCCGGCUUCAUAAGUCUUUCUCGCCUUUCGGCCAUUCUUUUUGUAUUUGCUGCGUAAACAUGCCAGGUUUAAACAAUAAGGCAGUAAUCAUCGACGGCCGUGGCCACUUGGUCGGUCGACUUGCUUCAGUUGUAGCCAAAAACCUUUUGCAAGGUGGCAAAGUCGUCGUUGUACGAUGCGAAGAAUUGACCCUUUCAGGUCAUUUCUAUAGAAACAAAGUCAAGUACUUGAAUUACUUGCGCAAGCGCUGUAAUGUCAACCCAGCUCGCGGACCAUUCCACUUUAGAGCUCCAUGCCGUAUUUUCUACAAGGCUGUCCGAGGAAUGAUCCCACACAAGACUCUCCGUGGUCAAGCCGCAUUGAAACGUUUGCGUGUGUUUGACGGUAUCCCACCAGCAUACGAAAAGAAACGUCGUGUCUGCGUCCCAACUGCCCUUAGAGUGUUGUGCUUGCGAUCAGAUCGCAAAUACUGCAAAAUUGGCCGUUUAUCACAUGAAGUCGGAUGGCAAUACCAAGACGUUGUCAAAAAUUUGGAACGUAAACGUAAGGCUAAGUUGGCUCUCCAUCUCAAACAAAUGAAGGUCAACCAGAAAUUGACACAGCAAGCACGCAAAAACAUCGAAAAAGUUGCUGCUCCACACACCGCCGUCAUCCGAUCAUUGGGAUACCAAUAAACCAGUUUAACAGCACGCAAUUCAACAUCUUAUUAAGCGAUCGUUUUUUUAAAAACACAACAAAUUCCCAGAAACGAAUUAUUACAUUGAUUUCAAAUGUAACUGUUAAUUCUGAUUGAAAAAAUAAAACCAAUCGUGAAGGAGACUA